UUUAUAUCACUGUGCACUGAUUACAUGUUUGUAGACUGGCGCUCUUACUAAAUUUUUCCAAGCCCUCUCAGCUCCCUGUUACUCCUUUUCUUUUUUUCAGGAUCCAACAGCUCACUUUCCCUCUACUUUUUUUUUUUAUUCACUUGUGUGACGUGCGAGUGAAGUUCCUGCCCUUGUUUUGUGCAGUACAGAGAAGAGGGAAGGAGAGGGACUCGCAGAGAGGCGUACGUUUACUUGAGCAGUCAAAGGGAGGAUGAAUUGAUGGUAUAAACAAGACGGACUGUUGGUGUUUUGGCCUGAGCGCUUAUGCUCUGUCCUCACAGGGGACCCAAACAAGGAGGAGGAAGGACCAGGAGAAAGCAACUCAAGCUGAGGACGAUUGAGAACGUGUCUGAGGGAGAAGAGGACAAGUUAACUAAUUCUGUGCCCUAAGGCAAAGGUGGAUGAGGAGUUACAGCUGAAAAGUCUGCCUGACACUAGAGGAGGAGCACCAGCCUGGGUGGGGACCACCAGUUCAACCUUUACCAGCAGCAGCAGGACAGGAUGAGGUACCACGGCAGGGAAGUGGAUGUUGAAGGGAGAGUGCGCCUGGUGAUGGAGAGCGCCCUGACUGCCCGGGACAGAGUCGGGGUGCAGGACUUUGUCUUGCUUGAGAACUACAACAGCGAGGCGGCUUUUAUAGAUAACCUACGGCGACGCUUCAGAGAAAACCUCAUCUAUACGUACAUUGGCUCAGUGUUGGUGUCGGUGAACCCUUACAAAGAUCUGGAGAUUUACUCCAAGGCGCAGAUGGAGCGUUACAGAGGGGUCAGCUUCUAUGAGAUAUCACCGCACAUCUAUGCGCUCUCGGACAACACUUACCGAGCCAUGCGGACAGAGAGGAAGGACCAGUGUAUUCUCAUAUCAGGUGAGAGUGGAGCAGGCAAAACCGAGGCCUCUAAGAAGAUCCUCCUCUACUACGCUGUCACCUGCCCCACUAAUGACCACAUGGCUACCCUUGGGGAACGCUUACUACAGUCUAACCCAGUUCUGGAGGCCUUUGGCAACGCAAAAACACUGAAGAAUGACAACUCAAGCCGCUUUGGAAAAUACAUGGAUGUCCAGUUUGACUUCAGGGGGGCGCCAGUGGGCGGUCACAUCCAGAACUACCUGCUGGAGAAAACUCGUGUUGUGCAUCAGAAUCAAGGGGAAAGAAACUUCCACAUUUUCUAUCAGCUUUUAGAUGGAGGAGAUGAUGAGCUGCUCAAAACACUGGACUUGGAAAGAAACCCUCAGAGCUAUGAAUACCUGGUCAAGGGCAACUGCCCCAGACUCAGCUCUGUCAGCGACAAGAAUAAUUGGAAAGUUGUGAUGAAGGCGUUGUCUAUUAUUGGCUUCAAUGAGGAGGAAGUUCAGAGAUUGCUGAACAUCAUCGCCGGCGUUCUCCACAUGGGAAACACACACUUUGGGGAAGGGGAGGAAGGAGAAACUUAUAUCACCACUGAGACUCAGCUGAACACUGCUGCAAAGCUGCUGGGUGUUGAUGGCUCAGCCCUCGGGGAGGCACUCACUCACAAGAAACUCACAGCCAAAGGAGAAGAGAUGAUCAGCCCUCUAAACUUUGAGCAGGCAGUGUCAGCCAGGGAUGCCUUAGCCAAGUCUACAUACGGCCGCACCUUCACCUGGUUGGUACAGAAGAUCAACCAGUCGCUGGCUUUGAAGGAUGAAAUCCCCUACAGCAGUAAAGACUCCUCAGUCAUCGGGCUUCUAGAUAUCUAUGGCUUUGAGGUCCUACAGCAUAACAAUUUUGAGCAGUUCUGCAUCAACUACUGCAACGAGAAGCUCCAGCAGCUGUUCAUCGAGCUCACCCUGAGAUCUGAACAGGAGGAGUACGAGACCGAGGGAAUUGCAUGGGAGACUGUGCAGUACUUUGAUAACAAGAUCAUUUGUGACCUGAUAGAGGAGAAGCACAAAGGCAUCAUCUCCAUUCUGAACGAAGAGUGUCUCAGACCUGGAGAAACCUGCGAUGUCUCCUUUUUGGAGAAACUGGAGGACACACUGGGUGGCCAUCCCCAUUUUAUCACUCACAAGUUGGCCAAUGGAAAAACUCGCAGGAUAAUGAGCAGGGAGGAGUUCAGGCUGUUACACUAUGCUGGAGAGGUCAACUACAACGUCACAGGCUUUAUUGAGAAGAACAAUAAAUGGCUGAACAGGCACUUGAAAGAGGUCAUGUGCCAGUCAGAAAACCCAAUCCUACGGCACUGCUUCCGCAGAAAAGAUCUGACAGACCAGAAACGGCCAGAGAUGGCUGCCACUCAGUUUAAAAACAGUCUGAUGAAACUCAAGGAGAUCCUCAUGUCUAAAGAGCCAUCCUACAUUCGCUGUAUCAAACCAAAUGAUGCCAAGCAGCCAGAAAGGUUUGAUGAAGUCCUGGUCCGACACCAGGUGAAGUACCUGGGUCUGAUGGAAAACCUGAGGGUCAGGAGAGCCGGCUUUGCUUAUCGACGUCGCUUUGAGGCCUUCCUGCAGAGGUAUAAGCCCCUGUGUCCUGAGACUUGGCCUAAUUGGCACGGCAGACUGGCCGAUGGUGUCUCUACACUGGUCAACCACCUGGGAUACAAAGAAGAAGAGUACAAACUGGGCAGGUCGAAAAUCUUCAUCCGCUUCCCAAAAACUCUCUUCACCACUGAGGAUGCACUUGAAGCAAAAAAGCCAGACAUAGCUUUGGCGCUGCAGACAUCAUGGAGAGGCUAUAGGGAGAGAGCAAAGUACCAGCGAAUCAGGAAAGCAGUGAUUGUCAUCCAGUCUGCUUGGCGAGGGAUGAAAGCACGCAGGAGGGCUAAGCGGCGUCGACAGGCUGCUGACUUGAUCCGCAGGUUCAUUAAAGGCUUCAUCUACAGACAUGCAGACUACUGUCCUGAGAACGAGUAUUUCCUGGACCAUGUGCGCUACUCAUUCCUGAAAAACCUGCGUAAAAACCUGCCUGAGAGUGUUUUGGACAAAAGCUGGCCGACUCCCCCUCCCUUACUCACUGAGGCCUCUGAGCACCUGAGGAGGCUGCACAUGAGAAACAUGGUCAUAAAGUACUGCAGGAGGGUCCAGCCUGAAUGGAAGAAACAGAUGACUCUGAAAGUUAUAGCAAGUGAGAUCUUUAAGGAUCAGAAGGACAGCUACCCAGCGAGUGUUGGACGCCUGUUUUUAGACACCAGGCUAGAACGUGAGCAAAUCAAUCUGAAAGUCGUCCAGACCCUGGGCAAUGACAAAGUGCAGUACGGUGUUCCUGUCAUAAAGCAUGACAGGAAGGGCUUCAAGCCUCGCCCUCGCCAGCUGCUCCUCACCAACACCUUCGCUGUGCUGGUGGACAGGACCAAGAUCAAACAGAGGAUCGACUAUGCAGCGUUAAGAGGUAUCUCUGUGAGCUCUCUCAGUGAUGGGAUGUUUGUUCUGCACAUGCCCAAUGAGGACAAUAAACAGAAGGGUGACGUAGUGCUGCACUGCAACCAUGUGAUCGAGCUGGUGACCAAAAUGUCCAUGAUGGCCAGCAAGGUCAACUAUGUCAAUGUCAGCCCGGGCAGUAUCAGGUUUUCUGUUGCUCGAGGUAAAGAGGGUGUCAUUGAUUUUGUGCGUGGAUCAGAGCUAAAGGUGACCAAAGGCAAGCGAGGACAUCUGCUGGUGACUGCUCCUCAGAUCAACAACACAUGAAGAAAUGGAAAACUACAAACAGUAAUCCUGCAAAUAAGGAGGAUCGGCUUUCAAAAGUGUGUUAUUUCACAGCCAAUAGGAUGAAUCCACAAGCACACAUAACAUACUCAACAGAAGUAACAUCCUUGACUGAUUCAUAUCCAUCCAUUACUGUCUUUAAUGCUUUAAUAAUUAAUGCUUUUUUAAGAUUUAAAAAUCAUAACAUGAA